AUGGAAGGUGGUGGUUGUGGUGGAGAUGGUGGUUACUUACCCAAUUCUAGCUUUGGUGCAUUCUCUGAUACGCCUAUGGAUAUGGAUUUCAUGGAAGAACUCUUCUUUGAUGGAUGUUGGCUUGAGGCAACAGAUGGUAAGAGCUUGAAGCAGCCAGUUUCUGACUCUACCACCAUGAAUGAAAACAACAACAACAACAACUCUUUCCUUUACGGUUACCAAUUUUCUGAGAGUCCAAUCUCCAACGAAGAAACAGGGAGAAAGUUUCCUCCACUAACACCAGGUUUUCUCAAGAUCGAAGAUGUCACCAAUCAGCAGAUGAAUCAAGAGUCUUUUGACCAGUCUACAGCUAUGACUUCUGCACAAGCAGAGAAGUUUCUUCUUGAAGAAAAUGAAGUAGGAAGAAGAUGGUGGAUUGCUCCAAGAACAAGCCAAGGCCCUUCUUCAUCGGUGCAAGACAGACUAGUACAAGCGAUAAAGACUGUGCAAGAUAAAGACUUCCUCAUACAGAUAUGGGUUCCAAUUCAACAAGAAGGCAAGAACUUUCUCACUACUUUGGAGCAGCCACACUUCUUCAACCCCAAGUACUUGAGUCUUAAGAGAUACAGAGAUGCCUCAGUGGAAUAUAACUUCUUGGCUGAUGAAGACUCCAAGGAGUCUGUAGGUCUCCCCGGCCGUGUCUUCCUCGGGAAGCUACCGGAGUGGACACCUGAUGUCCGGUUCUUCCGAAGCGAAGAGUAUCCACGCAUCAAAGAAGCUCAGAAAUGUGAUGUUCGUGGAUCAUUAGCACUUCCUGUCUUUGAAAGUGGUAGUGGGACUUGUUUGGGUGUGGUUGAGAUUGUCACUACAACUCAGAAGAUGAAUUACAGACCUGAGCUUGAGAAUAUCUGUAAAGCUCUCGAGGCUGUUAAUCUAAGAAGUUCAACAAACUUGAAGUCUCCAAGCAGAGAGUUUCUGCAGGUCUAUAAUCAAUUCUACUAUGCAGCAUUGCCUGAAGUAUCAGACUUUCUGACAUCAGUCUGCAGAUCAUAUAACUUGCCUCUGGCUUUAACGUGGGCACCGUGUGCUCGGCAAGGCAAAGAUGGAUCACGCCACUCUGAUGAGAACUUCUCUGAGUGUGUUUCAACUGUAGAUACUGCAUGCUUCGUCCUCGACAAACAGAGUCAGAACUUCCUAGAGGCAUGCUCUGACCACCAUCUGCUUCAAGGGGAAGGCAUUGUGGGGAAAGCGUUUAAAGCGAGCAAACUGUUCUUCGUUCCAGAAGUAACCACUUUCAGCAAGACAAACUAUCCUCUCGCACACCAUGCUAAGAUCUCUGGCUUACACGCUGCUUUAGCAGUCCCUUUGAUGAGCAAAUUCAAUGGUUCGGUUGAGUUUGUGUUGGAGUUCUUCUUCCCAAAAUCUUGCCUUGACACAGAAGCGCAGCAAGAAAUGCUCAAGUCGCUCUCUGUCACACUGCAGCAAGAUUUCAGGAGCUUACAUCUUGUCAUCGACAAGGAGCUUGAGCUAGAAGUUGUGUUUCCUGUUAGAGAGGAAGUGGUUUUCUCGGAGAAGCCACUUGUUGAUGCAGAAACAGGGGAAAAUCUGAAACCUUUGCCAUUGGAAGAGAUCUCUCAAGAAGAUUCCUCAUGGAUCUCACACAUGAUAAAGGCCAAUGAGAAAGGUAAAGGAGUGUCUCUCUCAUGGGAGUAUCAGAAAGAAGAGCCUAAAGAAGAAUUCAUGGUGACAUCUGGCUGGAACAGCAAUCAGAUUGGCAGAGGAGUCCAAAGUAACUUCCUUUCAGAAACAGAGCAGUUUCAGAAGGCUUCUUCAAAUUCAGGACCAAGUUUUGAAUCAGGUUCCUUUGGUUUGGGACAACCACUGUUAGGAAGUAGAAGACCAGGUGAAAAGAGAAGAACAAAAACAGAGAAGACAAUCGGUUUAGAAGUUCUUCGACAGUACUUUGCAGGAAGCCUCAAAGAUGCAGCCAAGAGCAUUGGUGUUUGUCCAACAACAUUGAAAAGAAUAUGUAGGCAACACGGCAUCACAAGAUGGCCUUCAAGGAAGAUCAAGAAAGUGGGACACUCGUUGAAGAAACUCCAACUUGUUAUAGACUCUGUUCAAGGUGUUCAAGGCUCUAUCCAACUUGACUCUUUCUACACAAGCUUCCCUGAAUUAAGCUCACCGAACCUAUCCGCUUCCGUUACCGGCGCUUCCUUGAAGAACACUGACCAGUCAUCAAGGCAUAUGAAUGUUCCAACCGAGAACGGUGGUGUUACAGCAGCUCCAAAGUCACCGCCGUCAUCUUCUUGUAGCCACAGCUCUGGUUCAAGUACUUGCUGCUCAACUGGAGCUAAUCAAAGCACCACCAAUACUACAAACACAUCAAACACCAUAACAACCACUCUGAUGGCUGAUAACGCUGGGGCCAUCUUGAAGAGAGCUCGUAGUGAAGUAAGACUGCAUACUACUGCGAACCAGGAGGAGACAAAGUCUCUCUCAAGAACCUUGAGCCACAAGACAUUCAGUGAGCAUCCUCAUUUCGAAAACCUACCUAGGUUACCAGAGAGUCGUAGCAAAGCUGGAGGAGCCGCGUCUAAAGUGAAAGCCACGUUUGGUGAGGGAAAAGUACGGUUUACUUUGCUGCCGACGUGGGGAUUCAGAGAGUUGCAGCAAGAGAUCGCUAGGCGUUUUAACAUAGAUAACAUUGCACCGUUUGAUCUUAAGUACUUGGAUGAUGACAAGGAGUGGGUUCUUCUGACAUGUGAAGCGGAUCUUGAAGAAUGUAUCGACAUUUAUAGAUUAUCACAGAGCCGCACCAUCAAGAUAAGUGUUCAUGAAUCUUCUCACGUAAAGCUGGGAGGUUCUUUUGGUAGCACCGGUCCUGGUCCUGGUCCUUCGUUAUAA